AUGCCCUACCCGUACUAUGGCCCGCAAGCGGGUGACAUGUCAACGAUCUCGCUGGAGCAUGCGCAGGCUAUCCUGAGAUUCCUUUCUCAGGACAGCAUCGUCAAGCGAAAGAUCCAUGAUAUGCACCAGAACUUGAUUGACCAGGAUAUCGGCAGACGGCUUGAGGUACUGCGGGCUAGUGAGAGCGUGGAGAAAUCAGGCGGCCCGGUGGAGGACUAUGAGAGCACCGAAGAGGAAGAUGACGAUGAAGAAGACGAAGAGGAGGAAGUCGAAGCUAGAAACAAAAAGGAUGAAGACCCCGAAGUCGUCAUUGUGGGAGAAAGACAAGUUGUCAACAAGCGCAAAGCUGAUGACAGCUUUGAAGUGUCCGUCUAUGCCCAGAAGGCCAAAAGGGGUUGGUGA